CGAGUCUCUUUCUCCAUCUUUGCCAACCUCCUUUUGUUUUGCUUUCCAAGGAGACGAGACAGCAUGAGUACAGCGCCAACCAUGGCUGAUGCAUCAAAGAACAGCUGCGCAGGCAAAGGAGGAGGCCAUGGUCUGUCUGGUCUUCCAACUUUUACUUGUGGGUGGACCAUCAGGUUUAGCUCAACCAUACACAGAUCAGCUUUAGCUUCCACUUGCCCAGCUAAUUUGAUACGCAGAAUACUGCUGCAACUCUUGUUCUUGGUGGAUUCAUGGCGGAGUGGCGACGGGUCCCGCCAAGAACCAAGCUUCUCAUUAUGAUACGAAGGCGACUUUGAGGUGGGAAGCUCCUAUCGCGAUAUGUAGCUUUGUGUGUGUGUGUGUCUUAUUGUGCCCCGUUCAUUCCGGCGGUGGAUGAGAUGUAUCAGCUCCCGUGAAAGCGAUCAGCUCGACAGCAACUCUGUCCGGCCAGACGAGAGCUCUUAUUGCUCGCGUCUCGCUGCAGACCCCAUACCUUGGGUAGCUGAAAGAGUAGAGAUCGAGUGGUUGUACAAGGAUGGAUGAGUUCAGCUUCCCCACCAUUGCAGUCGACCAAGACUCCCUCUGCAGCCCCCCCUUCCCCCACUUUGCUGCCUCUCCUCUUUGGUUCCUGCCUUCCAGCGACGCCGAACGCAAGAUCUCCGGCGAUGGUCCCAGGUGCUUCUUUUCCGCAGAAGGGGAAGAAGAAGAAGCGUCGAAGGUCGCCGGUGCAGCGGCGUUGGAGGACAGCAUGGACAUGCUGUGGGAGGACUUCAACGAAGAGCUGCGCCGCUCGUUCUGCGAACGGGAUAGGGAAGCAGAGGUCCCGGACUACGGCAUGGCAGAGUUGCGCUGCUUGCAGGUGCUGAGCGAGUCCAAGAACGGCAGCCUGAUUCAUCGCAGGCGGUCGAGCUUGAUAUUGAUCCUCAAGGUGCUGAAGAAGCUGUUCUUGACCCACAGGGAUAGCUCGUCGAGGAGGACUCCACUCUGCUAAGGCUGCACCAUACACUUGAAUCCAUAACCCGAGUCGACUGAUCCCCUCCGACAUGGAGGUGCAGAUAUGUUGCUUGUUACUUCUCCUUCUUCUUCUUCAUGGAUCUGCUCCUUCCAGCAACUAAAUGACUUCAUCGAUGUAAAUUAUUAUACGUGCAUCAGAAACAUCAAGUGUCCUUUGAUUUCCAAACUUGCAAGAUCUUGUCUUGUUGACUGUGUUGCAUGAACAGUGGAAGAAGGUGCAGGAAAAUUAAAGCACAGACCAUGGGAAGGCAGGUGGAUUGUUGUUUGCUCCAUGCAAGCUACCAUGGCAUCACCGAGGAGGACUUCGAACUACCACCCUUGGUUGUGCAGUUGUUUUAGAUGACAGGCUGGUCUAAUGGCAACAUUGUUUGUCUUGAUACCUCUGGAUUAGCCUUCUUCAUUUGGACCAGUACUACAUUAAUUAAUGUGAGUGGAGGUGACAUUUCUGGUUGCCACAAAGUUUGUCAUGUGUAAAGGAUGG